AAUAGGCACUGCCGUAGCGCUCUCUGACACGAAAAUAUUUCGUGUAGCCUUUUUACACCGACACACCGUUAUCGGAAAAUUCUUCUCUCAUAGCAACAUAACAACAUACACUUCAAAAUGUCGGAUGAUAACGGAUUUCCAAGAGAUGAAGAUGAGGAUGACGCAAAAGAUGAAGAUCAAGAUAACGCCACAGAAGAGAUAUUUAAGUCAUCACGUGAUGUUAACAGACCAGAAUCUGGUACCGCAACACCACCAGCAAAACAUACUAAGAGGUUGAGUUUUAGUGGAAGUACUUCUUCUUCACCUCGAGGUCAUCAACCUGAACAAAUGUGGAAUAUAUUGAAGGAUGUCAAACGAGCUACAACAGAACUGGUCAAGAGAAGCAAAUCCAGGCUUCUGAACAGAGAAGAGCUCCAGUCAAUUCAGCAGCCACAGCAGCUGAGAUGGGGCUCAGAUACCGCACUGCCAAUGGACAAAGAGGAACUCAACAAGUCCUCCUCAGAUCAGGAUCUUGAAGGAACACUGAAACAGGGUUUGGAAUCUGAACCAGAGCCCAUCCCACUGACUGGUGGUAAACAGCUUAAAAAGACAGCUUCCAUCAUGAAUGUCAGCCGAAUGAAUUUUCUUGAGGAUUAUAGUCCCAAAGAGAGACUUAUGGCAUCUCUCCUAGAGUCUAAUGACCCUUUUUUGGAGAUGAACAAGUGGCGAACAUCUCAAGGUUCGAUCAAUGAGUCUGGAGGAACAGGAGCCCUUCGUAAAAGUGUUGACCUUGAUGAUGAGGCAGAUGGUGCAGGUGGUGGUGGUGGGGGUGGUGGGAGUGGUGGGGGUGGUGGGGGUAGUGGUGGUGGGGGUGGAGGUGGACAUGGAAGUGUUGGUGGCGAUGAUGUGGAUUCCUAUGGUGAAGAUGCAGGUCUUGAGACUGAUGAAAGUGACACAGAGGCAGACAUGGUGGUUCUUGACCCUGACCAUCCCCUGAUGAAAAGAUUCCAAGCCGCAUUGAAGGCACACCUUGACAAACAGAAUGAGAAGAUAACUCUAGAACUUCGAGACUUGUCUGAGAAACUUCGUGUGAAAAAGAAAUCAAGAGAAGAUCUUGGCGUUGAGCUGUAUGGGGUACAACAAGAGUUGGCUAAAUAUCAGAUGAUGCUGGAGCAGCAACAUGAUCAAGUUGCAAGCUUAAAACAAGAAAGACAGAAAGAGGAACAGGAGCUGAAUGAUGUUAGAUUUCUGUUCAAGGAUACACAGUUAGAAAUCAAUAAGGAAAGAAAAAACUGUACUGCUCUUCAAAACGAAGUUGAAAAUUUGGCCUUGAGACUUUUUUACAUGACAAACUCCAAAGAAAAUGUUAGAUCUGACAUUUCAGUUAUGAAGCGAGCUGCUGAGAAAGUUGAGACUGAAGUGGCUAGAGCAGAACUACUGAAACAAAAGCAGGAUCUCUAUGUUGAUAGACUAGUGGAAGGUGUAGAGAGACUGAAGGAGGAGAUAGCGAUGUAUGAUGCCCAGAUUAGUGCCCAAACUGAGGAAACCAAAGCUGCAAAGGAAAGCUUAAUGGAAGCUUACAUGGAUAUAGAGUCUGUAGAGUUUGAAAAAAAAGAUUUAUUCCAGAAGUGGAACAGUUCAUUGAUUGGUAUGAAGCGAAGAGAUGAGGCUCAUUCUGCCAUGCUGAGUGCUUUAAACCAGCAGGAACAGCUGAUCCUUACACUACAGACAGACUUGGAAGGUUACAAGAAAACUAUACUGAAAGAACAGGAACAAAAUGAAAAGUUAACACACAUCCUGAACAAGACUGAGAGAGAAAUUGAAAGUGCCAAGAAACAAAUGACUCAGAUUCAAACUAAACAUGAAGCCCUGAUGAAUGAGUUCAACACUUAUAGCCGUAUGUUGUAUGAGACUGAGCAAGCUUUAGGGCGAGCAGUUGCUGAUAAACAAUUGAGAAUAGCAGAAGUCUUGUCAUUAAGGAAACAAAUAGAGCAGGAACAUCAGUCUAAGAAUAAACUAGAAGAUGAAAUCCUAGAAAGAAUGAGAGCACAGCUUACUUUAGCCAAAGCUUCACACUACAGCAAGCAGUUGAUCAAGAAAACUAGAGAUGUUACAAAAAGAUUGGAGAGUGAGACGAUUGAUGUGGAGAACAACAUUGCCCAGUGCACUCUAGACAUAGUCAAUGUCCGUGGACGGACAGAACGUCUGAGAAAAGUUCUUGAUGUUUUAGAGAAUCAAAUAGCUGAGCAGAAUGCUAUCAUCACAAAGAGUGAGCAAGAGAUGUUGAAGAGAAAUGCUGUGAUUGAGAGGAAACAAAACCAGGUGGACAGCAUGAACAAAAGGUUGACUCAGAUGAUUGCUGCUGCUGGGGGAGUAGAGUUAGGACCUCUGGAGAUACAGGUGAACUCUUUGCAUAAGUCUAUUGAAGCCAAGAACCAAGAGGUCCUUGACUUGCAGCAGCUGUGGUUGAGACAGCAGAGUGAGCUGGUCAGACUGUGCCAGAAGAAAGACAAGGAGUUGGUGGAGCUGGUGGCUCUAAGGAGGCAGCUGACCAUUUUAUCCCAGAAAAAAGUCAGGACUGAAGCUGAGAUAGAGCAGCAGCACAGGGAAAUGUGUGAAAUUGAACGCAGUGUAAGGAACAUGAGAAAUGACAUCAUCAAGCUGAAUGACCUCUUACAUAAAGAGAAAUGUGCAGGGGAGGAACUGGAGCAAGGGAACAUCUUAAUGGAGAAUGCUUUCAUUGCUGGACUGCAGGAUGCAGAGUUGGAAUCUAUUCAGCUUCAAGCAAAGUUAGAUGAAAUUAAAGAUGAGAAAGAACGAUUACUGAACAGCUUGGUGGAGGCAGAGAGACAGAUCAUGCUGUGGGAAAAGAAGACCCAGCUGGCCAGAGAAACCAGGGAUGCUGUUAAUUCUGAGAUUGGUCAGGGAGAAAUGCAGGCCAUGAGGUCUGAGAUCCACCGCAUGCAGGUGAGGCACUCUCAGCUGAUGAAGCAGCAAGAAAAAAUGAUUCAGGACAUGGAGAAGGCUGUAUCCAGGCGUGACACUAUUGUGACAAGAGGAGAAGCACAGUCCAAGUUGAAGGACAGAAUUGUAACUAAAGGCACAUUUGAGAGACAGAUGGGAGAGAUGAGGAAAAAGAUCAAACAGACCAUUCAGGAAGCUAAUGGUUGUGACACUGAGAUGAAGGAGCUAAGAGAGCACCAGCAGACAAUCAGUGAGCAGCUGGAACAGAAGCAGGUCAACUGUCAGCAGCUGCAAGGUGCACUGGACACAAUGGAUGGUGAUAUUGAGAGAGCUCUUGAAGUUAAACAAAGGAAUAUGAGUGAGCUUCUUUCUCGCCAGCAAAAAAGUAAAUAUUACCAGCAGUUGAAGGACAAUAAGUACACCAUGAUGUGCCGCUCAGAGUCUGCAUUAGAAAUGGAGUCACAGAAACAGGAAGACAGGCUGCAAUCUUUGACAUCCAUAGUUCACAGGCUUAACUCAGAAUUCCCUUAUGCCCAGCCAGCCUUGAGAAAGGUUACUAUGACUUUAGCCACCAGGUCUUCACCCUUAGAAGCUUAACUUUUUGUUCUAGUUCAAUAAAGCUGUCUUAAUAUUACAAAAUCAUUUAGCAUACAAAAACAUUUAUCUUACAAGAGCAAUCAUUAAAAAAUGAAACAAAUAAUUUUGCAAUAGCUAUAAAUUUAUUUCUGACAGAGUAAAAAAACAACAUGUUAUCCAUUUUUAUUUUUUAAAUUGAAAAGUUUGUUUACUGUCGCAGAGAGGAAAUUACAAUCACUAAAAUUUAUUUAUGUAUUGUGAUAUUCUAUACAUGUAAAUGUUUCAAUAAAACUAACUCAAACUAAAUAUUACCUUCAUUAAAAUUAAAAUGUAGACCCUUUGAGAUAUUUUAAUUUAUACACUGAGCAAUAUUUCUAUAUUUUGGUUCUGAUUUUUUCUCAUUUUAUUAAAAAUUGUGAAAAAAUAAAACUAUUA